AUGAAUAAAAAUAAAUAUGGAUAUAUAGAUGAAUGUGGGAGUAUCAUUUCAAUAACAACAGAUGAAAGUGAUAUAGAAACUGAUAAUGAAUCAUUAAUUGAUUCUCAAAUUUCAUUAAAUCAAUUUAUUGAAUCAACAAAUUUACAAUCAUUUACUUUACCUAAAACUCAAGAUGAAUUUGGACUGUAUUACGUAGAGAGAAACUCAGAGUCGGUACAAUCUCAUCCAGAAUCAAUAGAAACAAAUUCAGACUCGAUAGAGUCAAUAUCAGAAUCAAUAGAAUCACUUAAAACUAUUUCAAAUACACAAUCAAAUACACAAUCAGAUACACCUUCAAAUACUCAAGAUGAUUUUAAACUGUAUUAUGAAAGUUAUUCAUCUGAAUUUAUUGAGUUUAUGAAUUUAAAUCCAACAACUUAUCAUGUAAUAACUCAUUUUAAAUCACUUCUUGAAAAUAAUGGAUUUCAUUAUAUAAAACAAAAUAAACCAAUAAAAAAUUUAAAACCUGGUUUUUAUUAUACUAGUCGUAAUGAUCAAUGUUUAAUUGCAUUUAUUAUAGGAGGUAAAUGGAAACCUGAAAAUGGAUCAUGUUUUGUUGGAAGUCAUUCAGAUGCAUUAAGUAUUAAAUUAAAUCCAAGAGGUUCCAUACGGAAAAAUAUAGAUGGAUAUGAAUUAUUAGGAGUUGCUCCUUAUUCAGGUAGUUUAAAUAAAUAUUGGCUUAAUAGAGAAUUAGGAUUAGCAGGGUCUGUGCUAGUGAAAGAAAAUGGUAAAAUUCAGAGAAAAUUAAUAAAUUCUAAAGUUCCAAUUGCAUUUAUACCACAAGAACCAAGUAGAAAUGAUAAUGAAAAUUAUAAUCCUCAAACUAAAGAAGUUCCAAUACUAUCGUAUUCUAAUGAGAUAUUAGAACCAACCGAUGAAGAAAAACAAAGUAAAUUUUAUAAUCGUCAUUCAUUAAGUUUACUACGAUAUAUAUGUAAACUAAGUAAUACAUCAAUAGAAUCAAUUAUUGAUUUUGAUUUAGAUUUAUAUGAUACUCAACUAGCAUGUAGAGGUGGGAUAGAAAAUGAAUUUAUUUAUUCAUCAAGUUUAGAUGAUAGAUUAUGUGCAUUUGAUUCAAUUUAUGGAUUAAUUGAAUUUAGUCAAAGAUUUUUUACUGAUUUAGAACUUUCAGAAUAUAAUGGAUUAUCAGGUAUAUAUUUAGCUAAUAAUGAAGAAAUUGGAUCAUUAUCAAAUACUGGAGCUUAUGGAGGAUUUUUAAUUGAUAAUUUAAAAUCAAUAGUACAAGAUAAAUGUGAUGGUACAAUAAAUGAAUCAAUUGCAAAUUUAACAACAAAUACAAUAAUAUUAUCAUCAGAUGUAACUCAUGCAAUGAAUCCAAAUUAUAUUGAAGCUUAUUUAAAAAAUAAUUAUCCAUUACCAAAUAUUGGACCAUCAAUAAAAUUUGAUUCAAAUGGUCAUGUAUUAAGUGAUUCAUAUGGUAAAGAAUUUUUAACAAGAAUUAUAAAUAAUUUACUGGGGGUAAAAUUACAACAAUUUCAUAUAAGAAAUGAUUCAAGAUCAGGUGGAACUAUUGGACCUAUACUAUCAAAUGGUAAACGAGGAAUUAAUGGUGCAAAAUUAAUUAUUGAUGUUGGAUUACCAAUUUUAAGUAUGCAUUCUAUUAGAAGUAUAAUGGGAUAUAAAGAUGUUGGAAUUGGUGUUAGAUUUUUUAAAGAAACCUUUACGAGGUGGAUUGAUAUAAUCGAUGAUGUAGUUACAAGAGACUAG